AUGUCAAAAGUCAGUCAAAAUAUUAAGAAUCAUAACCUUGGAAAUGAGGCCAGUCAUGAAUUUGCUACUACCAUAAAUAGCAAAAUAAACCCCGCUUGUGGGAUUUGGGUUCAGGAAGUGGAUUACGGACAACCGUGUGAAAUUUGUAGAGAAAAGUGCGAUGGAUUCGUUCCUCACGAUUGGAGGUAA